GCCUCAUUAUUACAGCCAUUUUGUGCAUAUUUUCCCCUGCUAUCUACUCCAGGCGUAACUGUUUCUUCUUGCCCCUUCUUGUUUCAAUGGGCAGCUGCCUCCGAGCAAUAUACAAUAUUAUUAUUUUCAGGAGCUGAUUCCUUACUCCAAUAUAACACCAAUAACACUGCAAUUGUUUUUAGAGCCAGUCAGAUAAUCUUUAGAUAAAUACAACAUCACUAUCCCGUCCCCAGAAGGUUUCCAUCUAAAUGUGAGGGCUGUUUAGUAUCCUUUCCCCAAAUAAAACUGGGAAUCUUGAAUAAAACUCUCCCUCUUUCCCCUCUAAUCAAAACCAUUAUCUCUUUUUCAAGUUGUUAAUUGCUCACCAUCAUUACCUUAUUUCUUCAGUUUUUCAGGUCCCCCCAGCUUUUUCUUUAUUAAGACUCCUGAGCUUCACACUGGAAGGUUUUUUUUGUCUCCUAAAAGAUCUUUGGAUAAUAAUUUAUCUAGCCAAGGAGCACAACCUGGAGGCGUGCCCUCAUUACUCUCUUUAAUUUUGCAUUUCCCCUUUUCAGGCUUCCCCCUCCCCCUCACUAAAGACAAAAUAAAAAUUGAGAGAUAGGUAGAUAAAAGUUUGGAGGCAUGCUUUUGACCUGUAGCCUUUUCCCUCCAGGAAAUCCCCAAAUGGGCUAAAUAGUGCUUUCAGGUUUGACCCCCCCUCACCACCUUGUUGCAUCUGACUUGUGAGUAAAGGUUCCCUAUUUUCAGUGAGUUUAGCUGCGUGUUGGGGGCUUUCUCCUGGAGAAGGAGCAUCAAAGCGUGCCAGUGAAAGUUGAGUUAGUGGUAAAGAGCCCAGGGCUUUCUUUUGCCAUGGCUGGUGCCAUUGCAUCUCGCAUGAGCUUCAGCUCUUUAAAGAGAAAACAGCCCAAAACCUUCACGGUGCGGAUCAUUACCAUGGAUGCCGAGAUGGAGUUCAACUGUGAGGUGAAAUGGAAAGGAAAGGACCUGUUUGACCUUGUGUGCAGGACAUUGGGGCUCCGUGAAACGUGGUUCUUUGGGCUUCAGUACAUGAUCAAGGACACGAUGGCCUGGCUGAAAAUGGACAAGAAGGUCCUGGAUCAUGAUGUCCCAAAGGAAGAGCCGGUCACUUUUCACUUCCUAGCCAAGUUUUACCCUGAGAAUGCAGAGGAGGAACUUGUUCAGGAGAUCACUCAGCAUUUGUUCUUCCUUCAGGUGAAGAAGCAGAUCUUGGAUGAGAAGAUCUACUGCCCCCCUGAGGCCUCUGUUCUCCUGGCCUCUUACGCUGUACAAGCAAAGUACGGCGAUUAUGAUCCCACGGUUCACAAGCGUGGUUUCUUGGCCCAAGAGGAAUUGCUUCCAAAAAGGGUUAUCAACCUCUACCAGAUGACCCCUGAAAUGUGGGAAGAAAGAAUAACAGCCUGGUAUGGCCAGCAUCGAGGCAGAGCGCGGGAUGAAGCUGAAAUGGAGUAUCUGAAGAUAGCUCAGGACCUAGAGAUGUAUGGCGUUAACUACUUCGCCAUUCGGAAUAAGAAGGGAACAGAGCUUCUGCUUGGCGUCGAUGCCUUAGGCCUCCACAUCUAUGAUCCGGAUAACAGGCUGACCCCCAAAAUUUCUUUUCCGUGGAAUGAGAUUCGAAAUGUCUCUUACAGUGAUAAGGAGUUUACCAUAAAGCCUCUGGACAAAAAGAUUGAUGUCUUCAAAUUUAAUUCCUCAAAGCUUCGUGUGAAUAAGCUGAUCCUUCAGCUGUGCAUUGGGAACCACGACCUGUUCAUGAGGAGGAGGAAAGCCGACUCUCUGGAGGUCCAGCAGAUGAAAGCCCAGGCCAGGGAGGAGAAGGCCAGGAAGCAGAUGGAACGUCAACGUUUAGCACGCGAGAAGCAGAUGAGAGAAGAGGCUGAGCGGACCAGGGACGAAUUGGAGAGGAGGCUUCUGCAGUUAAAAGAAGAGGCGACAAUGGCCAACGAAGCCUUGAUGCGGUCUGAAGAAACCGCAGACCUGCUGGCUGAGAAAGCUCAGAUCACGGAAGAAGAAGCGAAGCUCCUGGCUCAGAAAGCAGCCGAAGCAGAGCAGGAGAUGCAGCGGAUCAAGGCCACGGCGAUCCGGACCGAGGAGGAAAAGCGGCUCAUGGAGCAAAAAGUGCUGGAGGCCGAGAUGCUGGCCUUGAAGAUGGCAGAAGAAUCCGAACGGAGGGCGAAAGAGGCCGAUCAGCUCAAACAGGACCUGCAAGAAGCGCGGGAAUCCGAGCGGCGCGCGAAGCAGAAACUUUUGGAAAUCGCCAGCAAGUCGUCUUAUACCCAGCCCAUGAAUUCAAGCACAACGGCCCUCCCUACUGAUCUGCCGCCCUACAACCUCAUCAGCGAAAGCCUGUCCUUUGACUUCAAGGAUAAUGACAUGAAAAGAUUGUCCAUGGAGAUAGAGAAAGAGAAGGUGGAGUACAUGGAGAAAAGCAAGCACCUCCAGGAGCAGCUGAACGAGCUGAAGACUGAAAUCGAGGCUCUGAAGCUGAAGGAGAGGGAGACGGCCAUGGAUAUACUGCACAACGAGAACAACGACCGAGGAAAUGGCAAGCACAACACCAUUAAGAAGCCUCAAGCCCAAGGCAGAAGACCUAUCUGCAUCUGACACUUCCAAAUAGCUCACCUUGCAGAGCACCAAAUCCCGUGUGGCCUUCUUUGAAGAGCUCUAGUGAGUGAGCCCAGCCCCGUCGUUCCUGAGCCAGCUCCCGCCCGUGGAACCCCUUUUUGAAGACUCAGCCAUAACUGGUCACGGAUCUCUUCUUGCCGGCUGCCGCCUUGCACCUUGGCCCUCGGUGUUGCGCAUAUGAGCGGCGAAACCUGAGCAUUGGCUGCCGGAAGAGGUUUUGUGUGAUCCCCUCUUGCUUCUUACUCUGUAUAUUUAACACCCUUUGUAUAACACUCGGCUGUGGCCAGCUAUUUAGCUUUUAUUUCCUUUUUUAAAAACAAAGUGUUUGUAUUGAUUGUGACUUGUAUUAUGCUCCUGCAACAGGAGACAUCAAUGUUAUUAUUUUCUGACCGUCCCCUCCCGAGGGGGGCCCUGUGAAUGACGCUUCCUUCUGCAGGCAAAAAUCAGAGGAAGCUCCCAUGUGGAUUUUGACCUCCGCGUCGCUCUUUCUGAUAGUGUGUUGUCAGUUGCCGUGAAAUCUCUGCCAGGUUCUCCACUGACCCUUGCUAGCCUAUUCAGCGUCGCUUGCACCCUCGCCCUCCUCCUGAGCCAGUCUCCGGAGAAUGGCUUGGAUAGCAAUGGAAACCAGCUCCCACCUUGUCCUGCCUUAUAUAGAGAGAAGCUCAGACUCUGCUCCAGGUUGGUGCUGAGGAUAUAAAGAAGAACCCUUUUUAAAAAAUGUAAUCGUUU